AUGAUUACCAGAGAAAUAUUGACUAGGUUUAACAAUCUUAGAUUUUUCAGAAAAUAUUCUGCGAACUGUAGGUAUCUUAGUAAUGAUAUCUGGAAUGAAGAGUUGUCCAUAGAUCUGAAACGUAAAAUUGAGAAACACUGGAAAGAUAAGCUAUGUUUAGGUACAUUUGAUAGAAAUAAUGCUGGAAAAAAAUUUUAUGUUUUGUCAAUGUUUCCUUAUCCAUCUGGUAAUUUACACAUGGGCCAUGUUCGGGUGUAUGUUAUAGCAGAUUCAAUUGCCAGAUUUCAUCGUAUGAAUGGACAGAAUGUUUUCCAACCAAUGGGUUGGGAUGCUUUUGGACUACCUGCUGAGAAUGCAGCUAUAUUACAUGGUUUGAAACCUGAUGAAUGGACUUAUUCAAAUAUUGAUCAUAUGAAAAAACAACUGCAAGAACUUGGAUGCAGUUUUGAUUGGACUAAUGAAGUAACUACCUGUGAUCCAUCAUAUUAUAAAUGGACUCAGUGGUUUUUUAUAAAAAUGUUUCAAUCAAAACUCAUUUAUUCUAAAGAAGCUGAAGUCAAUUGGGAUCCAGUAGAUGAAACAGUUUUGGCUAAUGAACAAGUAGAUGAAAAAGGACACUCUUGGCGUUCUGGUGCUGUUGUUGAGAAAAAAAUAUUUAAACAAUGGUUUAUAAGAACAACACAAUUUUCUAAAGCUUUGUUUGAAGGGUUAAAUGAUCCAUCAUUAAUGAAUUGGAGAGAUAUUAUAAAUUUACAAAAACAUUGGAUUGGAGAAUGUUAUGGUUAUAGAUUCGAUUUUCAAGUAUAUACCGACAAUGUAUACCGAACAAUGCUUAAUAUUUGGACACAACAUCCAGAACAUGUACCAUUAGCCACAUUUAUUUAUAUUAAACCCAAUUCUUUUGUUCAUAAAUAUUAUGUUCAAAAUCAUAAAAAUGUACACAUUAAGAACUUAAUUACAGGCAACAUGUUACCAAUAUUAGUUACUAACCGUGUUGAGUUUCCUGAUGGACAAGAAACACGUUUAGGUUUGCCUCAUGCAUUCUCUAUUGAUGAAGAGUUGGCUAAAGAACACAAUUUUACUUAUUCUGUAAACCAAGAAUCUCAUUUAUCUAGAGAAGCAAUUUGUGAAAAAGCUAAAGAAUUAAAUGCUGGAGGUUAUCCAGUGAGUUCCAAAUUGCAAGAUUGGCCAAUAUCUAGACAAAGAUAUUGGGGAACUCCUAUACCAAUAAUUCAUUGUAAUGAUUGUGGAGCACAAGCUGUACCAGAAGAUAAAUUACCAGUAAAAUUACCAGCACUUGACUUACAAAGUAAUAAAAAAAUUAAAUCUUUAAAGUUAGCUGAGGAAUGGAUCAAAACUACCUGUCCAAAAUGUGGCAAAGAAGCAAAAAGAGAAACGGAUACAAUGGAUACUUUUGUCGAUUCCAGUUGGUAUUAUUUAAGAUAUUUGGAUCCUAAUAAUAAUUCUCAACCAUUUAAUAAAACUUUAGCUAGCCAAAUGAUGCCUGUCGAUAUUUAUGUUGGUGGAAAAGAGCAUGCUGUCUUACAUCUUUACUAUGCUAGGUUUUUCAACCACUUCUUGCAUUCUAUUGGUUUUACUCCUAGUUCAGAACCAUUUAAAAAAUUAUUGGUUCAAGGUAUGGUAAUGGGUCAAUGUUUUAAAAAUAAAAUCAAUGGGUCAUAUUUAAAAGAAGAUGAAGUAGUUAAAAUAGGUAAAACAUAUUUUACCAAAAAUGGCAAUCAUCCAGUCAUUGCAACAUGGGAAAAAAUGAGUAAAUCUAAACUCAAUGGAGUAGAACCAAAAAGUACCAUAAAAGAAUUUGGAGUAGAUACAAUGCGGUUAUUAAUAUUGUCAAGCGUAGCGCCUACAUCAAAUAGAAAUUGGAAUUCUGAUACUUUCCCUGGCAUUUUAAACUGGCAAAAUAGAUUAUGGCUGACUAUUCGAGAAUUUAGAUCAGUUAGAAAAAAUAAUAAUAUUCUGAGAGAUACAAUUAAUUUAUCUGCAUUUCAAAAAGAAGAAAUUAAAUUAAAUAAUAAUCGUAAUUAUUAUGUGAAAAAAACUUCAAGUAACUUCAGGAAGUCGUAUCAAUUAAGUGUGGCAAUCUCAAAGCUUCAAGGGUUGACAAAUGUCCUGAGGAAAUCCUCUAAAGAAUUGGUUAAAUAUAGUACAGAGUAUGAAAAAUUAUUAGCUGUUCAGAUAAUAAUGAUAGCUCCAAUGGCUCCACAUUUUGCAUCUGCUCUAUGGAGUGGAUUUGUAUCAGCACCUGGGCGUAUUAAUGAAAAUUGGGACCAAAUAAAUUGGAAUGAUGAUGUCAUCAAUCAAAAAUGGCCUCAAGUGGAUUGUGAUUAUACCUUAAAAUUAUAUUGUUUGGUUAACAAUGCUGUAAAAUGCGUAUUAGAAAUGCCCAAAAGAGAAAUAACUUUGUUAAAUAAAGAAGAAGCUGUUAAAUUGGCUAUGAAACAAGAUAUUAUUAAACAGUACACAUCAUCAUGGACAAUUAUUAACACUGAAUUCCAAAACUAUGAAGAUGAUGAUGCAUAUAUUUACAUAAAGACUGAUAGGAUAUCUGUUUCAAAUACUAAAUGUACAGAUUCCAUAACUGUUGAAAAUAAAGUUUAGUUAUUAGAUUAUUAGUACAGUGAUAUAUUAAUCUUACUUGUUUAUAUUGUUAAAAGAUUAUUUUGAAGUUUAUUGAUUUACUUUGUGAUUAUGCACAUUUAUACUACACAUUCAAAAUUAUUGCUCAAACAAUAUAAAUAUAAGAUACAUUGUAUUUA